CCCCAUUGCAACUUUUGCAGGCACUCACUCCACAGUCAUGAUCGCCACCAGCUGAAGCCAAGACCUGCAAUUUGGCUCUUUCCCGGAGCCAAAACACCAAUCCAGACCCGUGGAGUUAAGUUGCAGACACCAUCUUUUCAUCGCACCCCUCGGCCGAUCAUCAAACUGAAUAUCUGGAUGUGAUUGUUUAUUCUUUCAUCCUUUUCUCUCCCGAUGAACUGGGUUAGUAAUGCAGGAGACAGCAGCGAUUCUGUCCACGGCUCAAGAUGGCAGAUUAUUUGUAUUGACUUCUGAACAGUGCUGUCGCUUCAUUUUUUGCCAUGAAUGACAGGAAUUCUUGCACCGAUGGCCCCUGUAUACGAAGGUAUGGCCUCGCAAGUGCAAGUCUUCUCCCCUCACACUCUUCAGACAAGUGCUUUCUUUAGCGUGAAGAAACUGAAGGUGGAGCAGAGUUGCAACUGGGAUAUGACGGGGUACGGCACGCACAGCAAGGUCUAUAGUCAGAACAGCAAGCAGAGUGUCUCAGUCGCCCCAUUGGGCAUCAACGGCGCCAGUCUCCAGGUCUCCAACUCUUCCCUGUCCUACGAACAGGCACUCCUCUUCCCAGCCGGUUCAGGGCACAUCGUGGUGGCUUCGGCCAGCAGCACGUCAGGGCCGGCAGGUCAACUUUUGGGCAGCACAGGAAGUAGCGGGAGCGGCAGCGGAGGGCACAACCUGACGCGCCGCAGCACAGUCAGUCUGCUGGACACCUACCAGCGAUGCGGGCUUAAGCGCAAAAGCGAGGAGCUUGACAACAACAACGGAAGCAGAAGCAGCGUGCACCUGGUCGAGGAGCAGCAACCGCCCGCACCCAUGAUCCAGAACAACGCUCAGAGCGGGGCCACCGUCGCCACGGCGACCACCUCCACAACAGCGACUUCCAAGAACAGCGGCGCCAACAGCGAGGGCGACUACCAGCUCUUGCAGCAUGAGGUGCUUUGCUCCAUGACCAACACCUAUGAGGUGCUGGAGUUCCUGGGUCGAGGUACGUUCGGACAGGUGGUGAAGUGUUGGAAACGUGGCACCAGCGAGAUCGUGGCCAUCAAGAUCCUGAAGAAUCAUCCGUCUUAUGCGCGGCAAGGACAGAUCGAAGUGAGCAUACUGGCGCGGCUGAGCACGGAGAGCGCGGACGACUACAACUUUGUUAGGGCGUACGAGUGCUUCCAGCACAAGAACCACACGUGCCUGGUUUUCGAGAUGUUGGAGCGGAACCUGUACGACUUUCUCAAGCAGAACAAAUUCAGUCCAUUGCCGCUCAAGUACAUCCGACCGAUCCUGCAGCAGGUGGCCACCGCACUUAUGAAGCUGAAGAGCCUUGGACUGAUCCACGCCGACCUCAAGCCGGAGAACAUCAUGUUGGUGGACCCAUCUCGCCAGCCCUACAGGGUCAAAGUCAUUGACUUCGGCUCUGCCAGUCAUGUCUCCAAAGCCGUGUGCUCUACCUACCUGCAGUCGAGAUAUUACAGAGCUCCAGAGAUCAUCCUGGGUCUGCCAUUCUGUGAGGCCAUCGACAUGUGGUCCUUGGGUUGUGUUAUUGCCGAGCUGUUCCUGGGCUGGCCGCUCUACCCCGGAGCGUCUGAGUAUGACCAGAUCCGGUACAUCUCCCAGACUCAGGGUUUGCCAGCAGAGUAUCUGUUAAGUGCAGGAACGAAAACAACCAGGUUUUUCAACAGAGACCCUGACUCUACUUACCCUCUGUGGAGACUGAAGACACCCGAGGACCACGAGGCAGAGACAGGAAUCAAGUCUAAAGAGGCUCGCAAGUAUAUCUUCAACUGCUUGGAUGAUAUGGCACAGGUGAAUAUGACUACAGAUCUGGAGGGCAGCGAUAUGCUGGCUGAGAAAGCAGACAGGAGGGAGUUCAUCGACCUGCUGACCAAGAUGCUGACCAUCGACGCAGACAAAAGAAUCACACCUAUAGAGACGCUCAAUCACCCCUUCGUCACAAUGACACAUUUGCUGGACUUCCCGCACAGCGCACACGUCAAAUCCUGCUUCCAGAACAUGGAGAUUUGCAAGCGUCGGAUAAAUAUGUACGACACCGUCAAUCAGAGCAAGACCCCCUUUAUUACACAUGUAGCCCCCAGCACCUCUACCAAUCUCACCAUGACCUUCAACAACCAGCUUAACACUGUGCACAGUCAGGCCACCAACCUGGCUACCUCCUCCACCAGUGCCACCCUAACCCUUGCAAAUCCCGAUGUCUCCAUACUAAAUUACCAAUCUGCACUCUACCAGCCUUCUGCGGCCCCUAUGGCCGCCGUGGCUCCCAGGACCAUGCCCCUCCAGCCCGGCGGGCCUCAACUCUGCGCUGCCCGACCGGAUCCCUUCCAGCAGGCCCUCAUCGUCUGCCCACCUGGCUUCCAAGGUUUGCAAGCAUCACCCUCUAAACACUCUGGCUACUCGGUGCGGAUGGAGAAUGCGGUUCCCAUAGUAACACAAGCCCCUGGUGCUCAGCCACUGCAGAUCCAGCCAGGCCUGCUGACACAGCAGGCCUGGCCAUCUGGUACACAGCAGAUCCUCCUCCCUCCGGCGUGGCAACAGCUCACACACACCUCCGUUCAACACGCCACCGUCAUCCCUGACUCUAUGACCAGCUCGCAACCACUGGCUAACUGGAGGAAUUCACAUCCCCAUGGAAGCCAUUACAAUCCCAUUAUGCAACAGCCAGCCUUACUGGCGGGUCACGUCGCUCUGCCCUCCCAGCAACCUCUCAAUGUGGGCGUGGCACAUGUCAUGAGACAGCCGUCAAACAAUAACUCCUCCUCCAAAAAGAACAAGCAGCACCAGAUGAACAACAGGAACGUGUCGUACGACAUGUCCUCCACCCAGACGGUCACAUCACCUCAGCGCUCCAAGCGUGUGAAGGAGAACACCCCCCCACGGUGCGCCGUGGUUCAGAACGUCCCGUCUGCCACCUGCGCCCCAUCACAAACCUGUGGAGGCGGAGGAGGGGGGUGGGGCGGAGAGCAGGCAUUUAGCAGCACACGAGACCACCACGGUCAACACAACCCUCCACGCCAAACCAUCAUCAUCCCGGACACGCCCAGCCCAGCCGUUAGCAUCAUCACCAUCAGCAGCGACACGGAUGAAGAAGAAGACCACAAACAGGCCACUAACACCAGCACGUCAUCCAAACAGAGGAAAAAUGUCAUCAGCUGCGUGACGGUCCACGAUUCCCCCGACUCCUACUCCAGCAAUACCAGCCCUUACGCUAUGGAAGCCCGACCCAACGGCCCCAACGCCAAUGGCUACGACUCUAAAGUCGCAGUCCUGGAAAACUACAGCAACGGCAACCCGCGUACCAUCAUUAUCCCCCCUCUAAAGAACCAGACAGGCGACAACCUGGGAGAGUGUGAAAGACUCUUGCCUGACACCAUGAACCUCCAGAACUCCAUCUACAAGUUCAAGACCUCCAAUGGAGGUUUUUCUGGCAACAACCACUCAUCAGGGGGCGGUGCUGGAGGCGGUUCAUAUCGGCACCAGCGCUCUGGGCCGCACCCCUUCCAACAGCAGCCUCUCAAUCUCAGCCAGGCCCAGCAGCACAUGGCGGUAGAGAUCAACGGGGGUCACCGACGGCAACAGGCUUACAUCACUCCCAUGGCCUCCCAAGCUCAAUACUCUUUCCACAACAGCCCCACCCACACAGCUAACUACCAUCCCCAUCUGGCCCCACCUCAUCUGCCGGGGCAACCUCACCUUUACACCUACACUGCUCCCACGGCCCUGGGGUCCACUGGCACGGUGGCCCACCUGGUCACCUCCCAGGGUUCAGCGCGACACGCGGUCCAGCACGCCAGCUACCCGCCAGGUAUAAUCCACCAGGUGCCUGUUAGCAUGGGUCACCGGGUGCUGCCCUCGCCCACCCUGCACCACGGUCAGUACCAAGCCCAGUUUGCGCAUCAGACCUACAUCAGCGCCUCACCUGCCUCCACUGUCUACACUGGAUAUCCGCUGAGCCCUACUAAGAUGAACCAGUACUCUUACCUCUAAAGCUGAAACACUGGAGCCCAGCCAAUCGCUGCUUGCCAAUUGUACCCCCACCCCCCAGAGACAGCCAAUCGACCCUUAACCCCGCCCCCUCGUACCUUCAUGCUUAAACUUGAAGACAAUGAAGAUGCUGAUGAAUAGAGCAAGUGUACUCUAAGGAAACGGAAGGGUACUAAGGAGCUUUCUUUAAGAUGAGUUUUAUCUUGCCUUCUCAAACAGGCCAGUUCAUUUUUCUUUUCUUAUUUGUUUUUGUAAGAAAGAAAGAUUUUGGAUUUGUUUCUUUCAAAACAAUUCAAAGACGCUUUUACUUCCUUCAUUUCUUUUACAACAAGGUCUCAUCAGCGGCCGUUUGACAGAGACAGAGUUGUGUUAUACCGAGGUUUUGUUUGGCUUUCCUUUUCUUGAAAUCAUUCACAGACCGUCGAGCCGACGUGUCGGAAUUCCUGCGAGAAUUUUUGUAGAAUGGUGAAAUACGGAAACCUGCUGCUCUUCAUAGAAAAAUCAAACGAUGGCCUUGUACUGUCUUAAACGUUUUUCAAAUGACACGUGGCAUAGGCGUAUACUCCGCCGCCCACUCCAACAUCCACCUGGAGGAAGCUUUUGGAAAUACGAAAAAGACGAACUUUCUAAUGUAUUUAUAGACUUUUAUUUGUGUUCACAUUUAGGAAAGAAAAUAUGUUUGUCAUACCGUAGAACUUUAGCUGGGCCCCUCUAUGUAGAAUGUAGCAGUCUGCACCCGUUUAUUUAAUGAAGAACCUUUCUGAUACCAAUAGAUACUUUGUGUUUCUCUUUUAAUGUGAUUGCACAACAGUGGUUUUAAUAACAUAGGCAUGUUCAACAUGGUAGUCGGUCGUGUGUUUGCGUGCAUGUGUGCGUGUGCGCCGCGUGAUGCGCUUCCCCGCGCAUUUGUGCGAUAUAUUCCUCCACAGUCUUAGGUUUAUCAUUGUUACCUCGUAGUGCCUUACAUAUAUUACGACAGUUUACUUGGCUGGAAACCCUCUAGAACCCGAUGCUAGUCUGAGAAUCGGCUCCUAGGUUGAACAUCUUUGUCUUGAUUUAGGUCCAGGUAUAAGCGCCCCAAAUGUUAUUUAUGUCCUAUAUCGAAAUCCACGAAAAUAGGCACCUGCAGCGUGCUGCUUGUUUAGCGUGCAUGAGGUUGUUUUACAUUUAGCUGAAGAUACUUGCCUGGUGUAAUGAACCAAAGUCGUCAUAUAAAAUAAAGUAACCUUUGUUCUGGAUAGUGGAUAUAAUUAUAUACAGCAUAUUUACUGUACAUACCAUAGCUAUACGUAUGAUUUUGUCAUCUUGCGAUCAAUCCAAAAUCACAGAUUUUAUGGGAAUUUUAGGAGAAAAGUCGAUUAGAGAUCGGACCAUCUGUCACUACCCCCAAAUGCACAUGUACGUCUUUAAAAUGUCUGCUUUAGAAUGACUGAUCUGAUAAAUGUGUUAGAGCAGUUUUACAUGCAUUCUAAACCGUAAACAUCCUACAGACAUCUUCUAGAUGUCUAUAUGACAUCUAUCAGCAGACGUCUCCGAGACGUAUUGCAUAUGUGCAUCAAUCUAAAAAAUGCAUCAUGCAGAUAUAAAUGUUUAUACCAGAUGUAUGCGUGCAAUUACGGUAAAGAAAAAACAUGGAACGUGUUCAAAUAAAGCAUUCUAGGCCUGGAGAGGUCAUCCAAUGUGAAUGCUGUUGUUGUGGAAGGCUGUAUCUGACAGCCUGUCUGAGCCGGGGGCAGAAGUGGUUUAGAAACCGUAAACCUGGGAGAGUUCGAGAAAGAGGGUCUUUUUAGUGUUAACUAAGGUGCACGCGGAUGAUGGUGGAUUUGGACGGGAACUGUUGAGGAGCAAGAGAAGGCAAAUUCCACAUAUUUAAUGAGAAAAGCAUGUUGGCUUUGAGCACGUUGGUACAGUAGAUGCCGAAAGAAAGCAGAGGGGAUUAUUUAACAGCGCACCAUACUCUGAUUUUAGUGGUCUGUGUAUCGUGGGGUUAUAUUUUAACGUCCGCUCUGGAGGCUUGAAUACCUGAAGAUGAAACAACAUCCUAUAUUGCAAUUUGUCUUAUUGUAUUGAUCACUUAUGCCAGUCCGUACGAUACAGAAAGUGUAAGAAACUGUGGGCUAAUGCUUGUGUUUUGCUGCUUAAUUUAACAUUGAAAUGUUAGCCAAUCGUUUCAUUGAAGCUGUGUCCUAAACAUACGCAACUAAGUGAUCAAAGCUCUUUCACAAAAUCUGAGAUUCUAACCAGGCGUGACGAGGCACAGAACGUUUCGUUCAGCCGCUUGAAGUGUAGUGGCAUUACGCUUGGUAGCUCCGCCCACAGUGAAAUCUCAUUGGUUCAGCUUCACUUACUCUUACUUGCUGUGUUUAUUUGGUGUGAACAGACAAAUUCAAUUAAUUUGUGUUCGUUUUGGGUUGUGAUGGUUAGGACACAGUGUUAGCGUGUUGGUUUCAUCUUGAGAACAUGGGCAGUACAUAUGGAGUAUGAAAUAUAUUCCCUACCGCCCUCAUGCCAUAGAACUUGCAUUUGAAGUAGUUUUAUUUUUACUUCAAGGUGUUUCUAUUUUUUUCUGUUUUUAUGUUGCUAGAUAUAUUGUGUUUGUGUAGAGAGUGUUGCAAUAACUUUUGUUGAUGUUCAUUAAUGCAAUUUUGUUUUGUUUUUCUGUUAAUGUCAGGCAUCAUGUUUUUUAUUUCUUGUGAUUGAUAUGUAUGUCGAUUUAUUCAAAUGCUCAUCUGGUAGAAAGCCUAUACUUUGUAAAUGUGCUUGGCUGAGGAUCUACCACCCUUUCAUUCACAAAGCUGUGUGUCAUUGCUCAGUAGGAUACCAAUAGGUUUCUCUAUCAAAUUUGGUUUAAGCUCCUCGGAUGCAAAUUGUAGCACACAGUUAAGGAAAGGCACCUUCAUUAUUGAAAUCACAAAACAUUCCAUUCCAGUAGAGGAGCCGUUGGUGUAUCUGUAGUCUCCAGACACGGGAGCUGGCCAAUACAACCAAAUCAGGGCUCCGCUGGCAUUAAAGUACUUUUUGUUCCUCCCACCAAAGAUACUCAUGACAUUGAUGCACAUACUUUAUCCCUGGGUGUAGUAGGACAGGACGUUUCACUGAAAUUUGGACAACAAAAUCAGUCUAGAAGAGAUCCUGUUUGUAAAUUGCAUGUGCAGAAAUAAAACAACAAGAAUUUCUCCAAAACCACAAAUAUGCAAACAUAAUAUGUUUGUACAUUUUGUCAGUGGUACAAAACGAAAAUGUCCAGAUCUCUAAUUGGGACAGAUGGAUGGAUUAUUUUAGGAAGGCUUUUUUAAUGCCAUAUACAGUAUAUGCUUUUUAAAGCUGCUUUGUAUAUAUUUCCAAUGUUAAAUAACUUUCUCUUGCUUAAUAUGCAGAAACUGAAUUUGUGAUUUGUGGGAAUAUGAACACUGUGGCGCUUUCAAUCAAUUUGGAUGGGUCGCCUGACAUGUCUGUUUGUCCGAUCAAUGGAGGAAGAUUUUUUUUAAACAUGUUUUGUAAAAAUUAUUUCUUUUUUGCAGUUCCAUUUGAUGAUCCUAGUGGCACAGAAUUUACACACUGCAGCUUUAAAUUGUAACAGUUUGUAAGCUUUACCGUUUUUGUUCUAACAAAAUAUUUUAGAAUCACAGAGAUACAUGAAUUAAUUGAAUCUGAUUAUUUACUUUUAUUAACACUUUUAUAAACGAGCCACUAUAAACGAAUGUAAAAUUAGGACUAAAAGAUCUCAUUUCUGUUAUCAUUACUUUGUUUGUUAUUGCUGGGAUUUGUCAAUUUUGCAAGUGACAGAAAUGUCACAGAAAUGCAAUAAGUCCCUCUAAAACAACACUUCUUUUUAAUCAUUGCUCCAUUUUGAAUUUUACUUAUUGUACAUUUCAAUGUGGUUUAAUUCAAAUUAUCACAGAGAAAAGUCAGAACAUUGUGAUGUAACAUGUUUGCUUUUCUUGAGGAUGAACUGUUAACAGCAAAGUACAGUAGACCGUCAUUUUAUGUUACGAAUGUGUGAUGAAAAUUGAACCAAUCAAUUAACCCUUUAUUUUUAUGUAAACUGAUAUUAUGUGAACAAUCUUAUUCACGUGAUUUUAAUGUCAAAACACUGCCACCAUCUCCAUGAACAUGAAGCUUUAAGGAACUGUGGAUGUGCUGUAUUGUUGUUGUUGUUUUUUGGAGGGGGAACAUAUUUUGGUUUAAAAAACACAGCCUACAAUUAAACAUACAUAAUGUCCAACCUUCAGCCUCAUGAAAAGCUGUGGAACCCGGCAUCAUAAGUGUUAAAAACAUUCCAAAAAACAUUGCCUGGUAAUGCCUGGAUGAUGGUUCCCAAAUCGCCAUAAUCAGCCCAAGAAUAUUUUUAAGCACACAACAAUGAAUUAACUCAAAACAAAGGAUCAGUGUUUGUUCUUUGCCAUCGUGUUCAGUGAAGUGGCCACUGUACUUCACAAUUGUCAAACUUUUGUGUUUUAAGCGUGUCAUAUGCUUGUUAAAAAACACACCAUUGAUCUUGUGUAUGAAUGUGCUAAGAGGCCAAAUAUGACAGUAUGGCCAUUCUCCAUGCAUUGUUUUAGAACCAAAAAAGGUAAACAAUCUUCACGCCCAUAACGCUCAUUAGUCAUCUCAUUUUUAGAUUCAUGUACAGCAGAGUCCCUGUCAGGAAAAUGUUAAAUGGAUUGACAUCCAGUUUUAAGCAUCCGUAUUCUAUCCAAGUAAAAACUUUCUUUUUAGAAAACCGAAAACAAACACCAGUGAAUGAACUUCUUUGUGAAAGAUGUAAAGCUGUCAGUUCCACACUGACCGAAAUUUCAUGGAUCACAAAAGUUGCCACAGUAACCUGUCAAGUAGCCGUGAAAACACUGUAGCCGUGUGUGCAGCCAUCGAAACAUGAACAGUUUUCUACUUGCACAGCAUCAAACAUUCACAGUAAAAUGUAAAAAAAGAAAAAAUAAAUAUUUUUCUACAAUGUUUCAAGACCUAAGAACGCAUCCGACCCCCUGACCCUAAUUUUAUCAAUUGCUGUAUGGUUUCUCAGUAGUGUGUAUCACAUUAGUUGUUGUCAAAGCUGUUUUGUGCUGCAGUAUUUCCAGGUAUACUUAUUUUUUAUUGUCAUUUUUUUAUUAUUAUUAUCAUUUUGCUUUGUUUAUUGGGGAUUUGAAGAAGUGUGAUGUCUCAUUAUUUGUAGCAUUAUAUGUACCCUGUACCUUAGGCUUUCAUUAUUAAGUAUGCUAUGAGAAUGGAUAUUUUACUGGCUUUAUAGAAUGUUACAAUGAAUAUAAUAAUGACAACAAUAAGAAUGAUUUAAUUCCUCAAAACUGAGUACUCGCUACUAGGCGCUUGUGUUACCAUUACAAAUGUUGUGUGCUUCUCUUAAUCAUUUUCGUUGUAGAAAAAGUGAAUUUUAUUAGGCUUCAACAACUAAUGAUAGCAGUGUAAAUUCAUGGAUGAUUUUUAACAAACACGGGGGUUAUAGAAGAAUAUAGUUAUUUUAAUCGUUCUAUUUACUAACUGUAGGAUGUGAAGGGGCUUGCGUCGUGGUGAACUAUGUUAUAGCUUGUUAUUCACUGUUACUUUUGAUCAUUUUUCGGUCUCCAAGGUGAAUCGAGUUAUUAAAGGAAAUUUGUAUGCUCACAUAUGCAUAUUGUAUAUGUGUAGAAAUGUAAUCACACUUUGUCUUUGAUUUACAAUAAACUGUUAAGUCACAUUG